UACGCCAAGUUGAUCUAUCGCGCACUGAUGAGCGCGCCGAAUCACUCCAUGGUAUUGCAGGAGAUAUAUCAAUGGUUCAGGGACAACACGGCGAAAGGAGCUUCGGAUGGGAAAGGAUGGAUGAAUAGCAUUCGACACAAUCUCUCUAUGAACGCU